CUUACAGCUUUUAUCUACUGAGCGAGCAGCAGCGGCCAUCACUUCAGAAGAACCUACAGCAGCUACAGGAUGUUGGUGUUCGCUGUCGUGUGUUUAGUGGUGGCAGGCAGCGAUGUCACGAUGUCUAGAACUAUUCACUCAAGAGCCGCGUCCCCCUUUAUACCACCUAUUGAUAUAUCAGGCCUUGGAUUACCACCUAUCAAUAUAUCAGGCCUUGGAAUACCACCUGUCGAUGUAUCAGGCCUUGGAUUACCAUUUAUCAAUGUAUCAGGUCUUGGAUUACCACCUGUCAAUAUAACAGGCCUACGAUUAAAACCUAUCGAUGUAUCUGGCCUUGGAUUACCACCUGUCAAUGUAUCAGGUCUUGGAUUAUCACCUAUCAGUGUAUUAGGCCUUGGGUUACGGUCCGUCAAUAUAUCACACUUACGAUUACCACCUGUCAAUAUAUCAGGCCUUGGAUUACGACCUGUCAGUGUAAAAGACCUUGGAUUACCACCUGUCAAUGUAUUUGGCCUUGGAUUACCACCUGUCAAUAUAUCAGGCCUUGGAUUACCACCUAUCAAUGUAUCAAGCCUUGGAUUACCACCUGUCGACGUAUCAGGCCUUGGAUUACCAUCUAUUAAUGUAUCAGGCCUUGGAUUACCACCUGUCACUGUAUUAGGCCUUGGAUUACCAGCUAUCAGUGUAUUGGGCCUUGGAUUACCACCUGUCGAUGUAUCAGGCCUUAGAUUACCAUCUAUCGAUGUAGCCGGCCUUGGAUUACCAGCUAUCAAUGUAUCAAACCUUGGAUUACCAUCUAUCGAUGUAGCAGGCCUUGGAUUACCAGCUAUCAAUGUAUCAGGCCUUGGAUUACCACCUGUCGAUGUAGCAGGCCUUGGAUUACCAUCUAUCGAUCUAUCACGCCUUGGAUUGCCUCCUGUCAAUGUUUCUAUGUUUGUAUUAUAA